AUGAGUACAAAUGGAGAUACAGCAGCAUCUAUUUCUAUGCAGCCAAGACGGCAUAUGAUUGGAAGUGCUUUCGUUAUUUGGAUUGAUGAUAAAUUCGAUCCAGCAGACGAAUCCUGUCAAAAUACCCUGGUGCAGCUUCAAAGCGCAGUCCCUAAUGUCUAUGUUUUUGGACAACGCGAUGAAUGUGCUGAUUUUCUAACUGAUAUUAGUGACACGGAUGCGUAUCUGAUCAUAUCUGGACCUGUUGGGCAACAAAUGAUUCCAUUGAUUCAUGAUGUUCCUCACCUGAACAGUAUCUAUGUCUAUCACAGAAGUCAAAAUCUAGAUGCAAACGACAACUAUGCUUCGAAUAAAAUCAAAGGUAUAUAUACGGAAAUUACGCUCCUCUGUGACGCAUUGAAAAUGAUCAAUAAACAAUGCAAUCGAAAUGACAUAGCCUUAAGUUUCCUGAAAACCAAUAUUGAUGCUGACUCUCAAAAUAUAGAUCAACUUGAUCCUACAUUCAUGUACACUAUGUUACUUAAAGAGGCUAUAUUAACUACCAAGUAUGACGAAAAAGCCAAGAACGAUUUCAUUCAACUUUGGCGUGAUGCUUACAGUAACAAUACUGCUAUACUUAGUCAUAUCGAUGCGUUCGAAAAGACCUAUUGUUCGCAAAAAACAAUCUCUUGGUAUACUCGUGAGUAUUUUAUUUACCAGAUGCUCAAUUGUUCUCUUAGAACGUUGGAAGUUGAUGUCAUUAUGAAGAUGGGUUUUUUCAUUUGUGACCUUCAUCGACAAAUCGAAAGUUUACAAAAGCAGCAGAUUAUCCAUUAUCACGAAAAGACUUUUGAAGUUUUUCGAGGACAAGGAUUAUUCAUAGUCGACUUCGCCAAACUCGAAAAAAACAAAGGUGGCCUUAUCUCUUUCAAUAACUUUUUAUCUACGAGUACGAAUCGAGACGUCUCUCUUCGUUACGCCGAAGCUUCCUCUGGCAGCUCGGAUGUAGUAGCCGUCCUGUUUCGAAUGUUGAUAGACUCAAGUAAAUCAACGAUUGCAUUUGCUUCCAUUCGAGAGAUGAGUGAUUUUCUUGAAGAGGAGGAAAUUCUUUUCUCUAUGCACACCGUUUUUCGAAUUAAUGAAAUUCGAAAGCUUGAAAACAGUUUAUUACUUUAUCAAGUAGAUCUUCAACUGACAUCCGACGAUGAUCAAGAACUACGGCAACUCACGGAAUAUAUCCGACAAGACAUGGGAAGUUCAUCUGCUUCCGGACGAGUUGGGCAAGUGCUAUUAAGAAUGGGUCAGCUUGAAAAAGCCGAAGAAGUGUACACUGCAUUACUUGAACAAACUACUGAUGAGAUCUCUAGAGCUCAUAUAUACCAUCAACUAGGAUUUAUGCAACGUGGCCAAGGACUGCACAAAAAAGCGCUGUCAUUUAAUGAAAAAGCCCUCGAAAUCAGACGAAGAGUGCUUCCAGAAGAUCAUCCUUCAUUGGCUAUUACCUACAAUAAUAUUGGUUCGGUAUGUCUUGACAUGAGUCAAACCGAGAAAGCACUCGAAUACUACGACAAGGCACAUCAAAUCCUGGAAAAAACUUUACAUCCAAAUUCGCCCAUGUUGGCAACUUCCUACAAUAAUAUUGGUACAGUAUAUAGCGAAAUGGGGAACUAUGCUAAAGCUUAUGAAAUGUAUGAGAAAUCACUCAAAAUAAGACAAAUAGCCAUGCCUGCAAACCAUCCCGAUUUGGCUAACUCCUACAGAAACGUCGGCGGAGUAUAUUACGAUAUGCAUAACUAUAGACAAGCAUUGGAGUUCUACUAUAAAGCUCUUGAAAUCGACAAAAAAGUUUUGCCCCCGAGUCAUCCGAAUUUGGCUUCUUCCUACAAUAACAUUGGUGCUGUACAUUUCGACAUCGGUAAUGCUGCCAGUGCACUGAGAUGUUACGAAAAAGCGCUAGAAAUCUUCGAAAAAAACUGCUCGACCAAUCAUCUCGAUCUGUCUGCAACUUACAGUAACAUCGGUCACGUGCAUCACCGCAUGGGCCACUAUUCACAAGCAUUGGAAUUUUACUACAAAACUCUUCAAAUCGACGAAAAACUUCUAUCUUCGAGCCAUCCCAGGUUGUCUCAAUCCUACAAUGCAAUCGGUGCGUUGUAUAGUAGUAUGGCUGACUAUCCGAAAGCACUGGAGUAUUUAUUAAAGAUUCAGGAAAUCUACGAAAAAAGUUUACCUCUGAAUCACACUAGUUUGGCUAUUUUUUACUUGAGCAUUGGUGACGUUUAUCGUCUUCUCGGUAAUUAUGAGAAAGCCCUUUGGUUUCAACAUGAAGCAAAUAAAAUAUUCAAAAACAUUUUGCCAUUUGAUCAUCUGCAUAUGGCCAUUUCCUAUUGCAACAUCGCUGCAGUUUAUCGCGACAUGAAUGAUAACUUCACAGCGCUUGAUUUCUACGAGAAAUCUCUACCAAUUUUAGAGAAAAAUGCGUAUGCCGAUCAUUCAUAUUUAGCUACUUGUUAUCACGGUAUUGGCACAGUUCAUCGAAAUUUGGCUAAUUACACAAAAGCAUUAGAAUUUUUUGAAAAGUCGCUUCGAAUAAGAGAAAUUUCCCUGCCUCCUGAUCAUCCUGAUAUCGCUCAAUCCUACCAUAACAUUGGUUUUAUCUAUCAGACCAAUGGAGAUUCUUACAAAGCGAUAGAUUUCUAUGAGAAAGCAGUUAAAAUAACAGAAAAGUGUGGAUAUUCGCAUACUCCGUCGUCAGUAAUAUUAUACCAGGACAUAGCUACAGCUUACUUAGUUGUAGGUCAGAUGGUGAAGGCAGUUCAUUUCCUGGAAAAAGCAUUUGCCAACAUACAUAAAAUAUUCCCAUCAACAGAUCCUACUGUUACAAAAUUGAAAAAUACCAUUGACCAUAUAAAAAUGAUGCUCUAA